AUGAGCGUCGUACUACCGAACAGCCGUUUUGUUGAAGCGAUUCCACACCCGAUUUUGGAUAACUCAUCGAAGAUGAUGCGACUUAUUGCAAAUCCGGUAUACGAUCGAUUAACAUUAUCACGUGCGGCAAAUGUUCGUAGAUAUAAUGCAACGAAUACUGGUCAACAAGAACCACAAUUAAAUAGGGAAAAAGAAACAAGCGAAUAUCCAUCGUUCCAACCCAACGAUACAGAGGAGAUCACAACAACGCCUCUGUCACACCCAUCGGAUUCGGACGUCUUUCGAGCACGGUCAAAAUCGACGCCGAAAAUUCAAUCCUUACUACCAAUACAUCUUCGAACAGCCUUAUUACCUAAUCCGAAACCACCACGAAGUGUCACUCCCGGCUCCCAAUCUCGUGCGCCUACCGCUCGUUCUCGUGCAUCUACGACACGAUCUCGUGCUUUAGCUGUUCGUGCACGUCAACGUGCUCGUCCAAAUCCCGCUGACUUACCUCUUGAAGCUAUUCAAGCUGAAUUAAUUGCCGAAACUGCCAAUAUUCCUAAGCCUGUUCCUGAUCGCACGAUUCGUUAUGUAAAUACCCGUCAUGGUUUCGAAGUUCAAUACUACUCUUCACAGAACUGGCUGUCAACCGAUGUCUACACAAAAGAAACGUUGCCACAACAUGAGCAAACUUUUCGAGAGAUGCUCGAAAAGAAACGUUUGCAAGAACGGUUAUCUCGAAAUAUUUAUUCGUCGGAUUACUAUAGCCAUCGAUUAAGCGACUUACUGCAUACAUAUAAACAAGGAAAUUUAUCGCACGCUGAAUGGGCGAAACAGAAUUAUCAAUUACAUUUUCUUAAAACUUUGUACAUACAAGCAGUACAGCGAGAACAGAAGGAACGAUCUGAAAAUGCAGGGAAUACUGAUAUUGAUCGUCCAACCUCAACAACAACAACAACUCAACCGAAUGAAUCGAAAGAUACCAAAACAGAAGAAAACAUCGAACAACAAAAUAAUCAAUCACGUACUCAUUUUAGUAGUAAUCUCAUUGACGAAGCCUCAUUCAUCUCGACGAAUUCCUUUACUCUUCCAAUAUCCAGUGCAACCGAUGGAAAUCCGACACCGUUACCAACGAGAACGCGACUUAUUUCCAUAUCAACCAAUGAUGAUACAAAAGAUUUUCAUCGGCCAACAGUUUCUCAACCGGUAAUUCGACCGAAAACUGCUUCGACCGUCGUCAGUUCUGCCAAGAAAUCAAAAACACUCUUUAUGUUCGACGAGCAACGAUGGUCCUUACAAGCAAUGGUUAAACGUGUUGUCGGUUUGGCAGAUAAACUUCCGUCGACCUCAAAUCCUACCGAAACACAACCUCUAUCGACAACGAAUACCCAUACUAACGACAAAUCUGAAAAAGUCACGUGA